AGAGUUCCUCCCACCAUUUAACCCCCACCUUCACCCCUCCAAUGGCCGCAAAUCAAAGCCCCUUCUCCUUCUUCACUAUGAAGCUCCCAAAACUCACCGCCAAAUCCUUCUCCCCCGGCCGUCUUUUCCCAUCCAAAAAGCACCGCACCAGCCUCUCCAAAUCCGAGCCCCCUUCCUUCGGCUCCGCCUCAUCCUCCUCCCCGACCAGCGUCUUACCGCCUCACCCGCACCCCCACCUCUCCGGCGAAUGGUCCGACUUCUCCGACACCCACACCGACUACCGCAAGGAACUGGAAGCUCUACUAGGCCUCAUCGGCGCCGAACCGCCGAGCGAAGAGGAGCUCAAGAUGAUGAUGAGCCAAGUAGACAAAGUCGGCCCGCCUUGCCACUCCGAACUGCGAGAUACGUUUGAAAUCUUCGACGCCGACCACGACGGGAGAAUCACGGCGGAGGAGCUUUUCAGUGUGUUCUCCGCCAUGGGAGAUGAGCAGUGCACGUUGGAGGAUUGCCGGCGUAUGAUAGCCGGAGUGGACAAAAACGGAGAUGGGUUCGUGUGCUUCGAGGACUUCGCGGUUAUGAUGGAGUGCCAGAGAUGUUGAACAUCAACCAACCCCGCCCCUUUUUCAUAUAUAUUUUUUCAAUUAAUUAUUAAAAAAAAAAGAAAAAAAAAAAGAAGAUGUGUAUGAGGGAGGGGGAGUUUGUUCGUUUCUUGUAUUUGUCUCGGUUGUUCCAAAGUAUAUAAAACGACACUAAGUCGUCGGAUCCGACAUAA